GGUCGAGCGAGAUCUUCAGGCGUCAGCGCGUGUGCUUGAAAUAUAUAUUACCAGGCAUUGAACGGCGACUUGGAUUUGAUGGGACAUCAGGGAGCGUCGGCAUCAAACAGAUAACGCGUGGGCCUUUUCCUCUCUUGUGCUUCCACAAACGAAGCGCUCACAUUGCAAAUGGGCAAUCGUGUGAAAUUUUGAGCCAAUCACACAUCACAUGCAUUCCCAUCCCAACCUACUCACCCCAAUGGCACCUUUUUACGCCUUGUCUCAUAGGAACCACUCGCAUAGCAACCACCACGGCAGCAUGGACGAGCAGCCAGACAGCCCCAAUAGCGUACCUACCAACAGCACCAGUGAUUCCAACAUGGCCUACUCAACUUCAGCGCCAUCCACUACCUCAGCUCAAAACAUGCUUGCAACCCGUAUGAAGCGACGUUCCGAGGUCUUUGCCUCGCACGAAAGCCCUUACUUUUAUCCGGCACAACAGCAGUAUAAUCUGUACAGCAUGGAUCGAUCCACAAGUUUCAAUAUUAAGAUCUCAGCCAAGAUUGACCGCGGAUUUUUUUUGGCCGCUAAUGACUGGACAUGUUACCGCCGAAACUACUUCCAAAUUAGUGCGUCGUUCUCCAUCCAUUGGCUAGACACCUCCAUGCAUCCCGAAGUUCCCUGUUUAAUGGACCGCAAUGGUGAAUUUGUGCAGGUUAACCAGUUCCUGAUCUGUAUUGGUGCUCAAAUCCAGAACGGCGAAAAGACGAUCGAACUGGUCCAGCAUACGCCAAAGCGUGACAAGGGCCCCCAAAUUACGCCUAGGCCAACCGCAGUCAGAGCCGGCGGCGAUCUCAGCCUUUACGCUUCCGGAUCCAGCUCUAAUGUGAUCACUUUCGAGCGUGUCCAGUUCAAAACGGCCACCGCAAACAACGGCAAGAGGCGUGCAGCCCAGCAAUACUAUCAGGUUCAUGUGGAUCUGUUUGCGGAAACCGAAACGGGAGAGCUAGUCUUGGUUGCGAAUUCCUUCUCCGCACCAUUGGUCGUCCGCGGUCGCUCUCCCGGUCACUACGCCGACAAUGAAGAAGGCGCCCCGGCAUCAUCGACCCAGCCCAUGGACAGUCGUUACUCUUAUAGGAACGACAGCAUCAGCAGCGGAGGCGGUCCCAUGUCGCCGCCUGGAAACGGGGAUUAUCCCUAUUAUCCCAACUACGGCUACGGCUCAUCCUAUCAGUAUCAGUCCUUAGGAUCGGCCUCACACAUUGCUGCACAAUCUCAAGAGUCCAGCUACUACGAGCGUCAUGAAUCAGAAUCAUACCCGACGAGCCCACUUUCACCAGUGUCCAGACAUCCGGGGACCAUGGAAACUCCACAGCCGAAUCAUCCUCACCCAUAUAUGACUCAAGUCCAUCACGGAUUCUCUCCGGCCUCAGUCUCACCAGACAUGUACAGUCCCCCUAAUUUCAUCGCCGCGGGCCCCGAGAGUCCAGCAUCGUUCAGCCGCGCUCAACAGUUCCCAAGCCAUUCUAAUCAAGAGGGACACUACGCAUACGGAUCUUCGUCGCGCCAAUCCUUCAGCUCCUCGCUUUCUUUCAAGAAAGGCGAUCGAGGCAUUGUUGGGCCCACGCGCAAAUCACGGUCGAUUUCAAUGUCUGGCGUUUCCAAGCGGGCGCCAGGUAAAACGCGACCUUCAAGAACUGUCCCUGUAAGCCCCACUAGGGAGCUUGUGAAGGGUCUCGGGAUUACUACCGAUCGCAUUCCAGAAGAGGAGCAACAGUCAUAAGAGCCGACAGAUUUUUAUGGAGAGCUCAAGUUUGUACCAUUCACCUGUUUCUUGUAGUUCUUUUUAUUUUAUUUUGUUUUUUUUAUCUGCAUUUUUCUCCUCAUCUACAAUUAAACGAAAGUUCGCAGACGGAGGUCAGAAGCAGCAGUACUAGCAUGGCUAUUGGUAUGGUGGGGCGAGAACGAGCUGGCGGACGCAAGCGAACAGCC